ACCCUACACUAAACCCUUGGCAAUGCCUCCCAAUCUCAGUCCUCGCUGAGAACUAUUCCAUGUCUGUACAGCAGGAAUCCUUGACAAUCGCAUUUUAUUAUGUUGGUCACAUCCUGCAAUACCUCGAAGAGUGUAUCCAGAGGUAGGAAUGUUUGACCAAAAUGAAGUGGAUAGCUGAGGCGCGUAGACCUGAAAGGCACAAAGUCUUGAACCCAAAUUGAGUUUUUAUCACGUUUAUUCUGCACCGUCCAUCAUCACGAUUUUGUGACUAGGAGUCACAACACCACAAGUACUCGGAACUGCACCCGAUCAUCACCAAGAUGGCAAAGAAACAUCACCCUGGAAAAAAUGUCGCAAAGCCCAAAGCUAAGCCACAAGCGAAACCUAAGCCUACAUCAACCUCAGCUUCAACUGUUGCCCUACCACCACAGGAUGUGAAGCAUCAGCAAACGCUACUUACGCUCUUCUCCUCAACGUUCGAUGAGAUCCUGAAGUCGGAUGAUAUCGCAGCCACCAUACAAAAUAUCAAGGCGGCUCUGUAUGAUCGAGACUUCGCGAAAGCCUUUGGCACGGAAACCUAUCUCGAGGCCUACGCUGCGCGAUGGAGUCCUACACGAGCACUUGGAUAUGCUAAUGUUUUGGAGGGACUCCAUGCGACAUGGCUUGAGCCUCUUCUGACUGAUCAAAUUGGAGAUGUCAGCCAGGAAGAGGGUGAUCGAAGUGAAGGCAUGGACAGAAAGAUCUCUGAGGAAGCCGAGACAGACUCGAUACCAAAGACGCUAAAGAGCAAGAUGAACGUCCUGUCCAUUGGAGGUUGCGCGGCCGAGCACGUUGCAUUUGCGUCCUACCUCUCUCAACACUCCCUGUCGUGCUCUCUUACACUCCUCGACUCAGCGCCGUGGGGUAGUAUAACGGACCGGCUCCAAAACGCCAUCGUCACACAGCCUGUGUUGCCAAAGUAUACCUCUGCUUCCAUCGUUGCGGCCGCCGAGCCAUUACUUCUGCCGGAGCAGCUGGAUGUCAAGUUCCUACAAAAAGACGCACUUUCUCUUCCCGAGGAUGAGUUCAAGGGCAUUCUCGGGCAGCAACCCCUUCUUGUGACCAUUUUCUUCACUCUGAAUGAGCUUUACACCAGCGCCGGCAUUGGGAAGACAACCAAAUUCGUCGCGCAUCUGGGCCAGCUUCUGCCGUCAGGGAGCAUUCUACUCGUUCUUGACAGCCCUGGCUCCUAUUCGGAAGCGUCCGUCGGGAAGGAGAAAAAGAAGUACCCUAUGCAGUGGCUGUUGGAUCAUACACUGCUAGAAACAAAGCUCGAAGGCUGCAAAUGGAGCAAGUUGCAUUGCGAGGAGUCUAUCUGGUUCAGAUUACCAUCGGAAGGACUAGACUACCCCCUUCAGCUGGAGAACAUGCGAUAUCAGAUGCAUAUGUAUCAGGUAGAGAAAGUCUAAAUAUAAUUACGCUAAGGUGUGAAAGACUAUAGGUGUUCUUGCCAGUGGGGACUGAUUCUAUGCCCAGACCAAUCUCUUGAUAGAAUGGCCUAGCUGCUCCAACAGGCCCGUGUUCUUCUUCGCCUCCUCUAGGGAAAUGAUGUCUUCUUUCUGGAUCAGUUCUUGAUGCUCUUCGCCUCGCUUGUACAGACGGCUCUCCUGUGUCAAACGCCCAAUCUCAUUC